AUGACAAAGGGAACGACGGCGAGCCCACAAAACAAAAAUGCUAAGAACAAACCCAUCCAGCUGAACAAGAAGCUGCUGAUCGUAAAGUCCAAUGAAGACAUUAAGAAGUUGAUAAAGAAGGACAAUCCGACGGAGGAAGAAGUGAACGAAUUAAAAGCAGCACUAGAAAGUAGCGAAAAAAAGACGGAAAAAAAAAAAAAAAAAAAUAUAGUAAUUCCAAGAUUUAAAAUAUGUGAAGAUGAUGAAACGUAUACAAGUAAAUUAAAAACAUUUGAGAAGCCCGCGCAUUACAUUAGGUACGAACUUUACAAAGAUCAAGUGACAGGGAUAAAAUUAACAGACGGAUCUAUUAUCCACUAUGACCUGUUAAAAGAAGAUGAACUGUUCCUCCAAAGUCUUAACGCCUCCAUAAACAUCCAAGUGAAUGAUGAAGACUUCUGUAAGCUAAUCGAUAAAUUUGAAAAGUUAACAGGUUACUCAGAAAAUAAAGAAGAAAUAAACUUGAAGGAUGCAAUAAAAGCUGCAGGCGAUUUGAAAAUAAAUCUGAAAAGUAACGUUGUAAAGGAUAUCCAUACGUUCUGGAAGAGUAAAAGAAAAAGACUGGGAAGACCACUGCUUCGAAUGUUUUGGAACAACUCACAAAAUAUUUUGCCGCACUAUUCUGUGUUCAGAUCGAGAGUGAAAGAAAAAAUGACACUGAGGAAGCAUAAGAAGAAGAAUAGCGAAAUUAUUCUAAAGAUGCAGGAACUUAUAGAAGAUUUUCGACGACUGGAUAGAAUAUUACGAAAAAUGAAACAAAGGGAUGAGAAGAAACUACUCCUGUUACAGCUGAACUCCAUCCUUUUUGAUCAGAGGAAAAACGAAAUAAAGGACAAGACGUAUGUCUGCCCCAUGUGGAAUUACUUUAAGGAUUACAAAAUGGAGAAAAUUUACAAAAAGUUGAAGAAGGACAAAUAUUACAAGAGCCUGUACAGCGGUGCCAACGCGGGCAGCCACCAUCGGGGGGGACGUCAUCAUGAGAGCGGCCAGCACGUGAAGGGUCAUCACGCACGCCGCUCUCACCACGCUAAUCGCGCACACCACGGGCAUCAUUCGCACCGCCCACAUCACCCUCACCACCUCCACAACAACUCCAUUGUGAGUAGAAAAAUCAACAAAAGAGCAAAGAGCCAAGGGCUAUGCGAACAAAUGAAUGUAAUAAAAAUAAAUCGAAAUGAAUACAAAAAUGUGGUCCUGGUUAAGAGGCGAGGUAGAAGCAACAGAAUAUGGAUAGACCGAAAGUUCGUCCACGACAUGAAUAACGAGGACAUAAAUUGCUGCGACUUGGCGUACACCUUUAAUGACUUCGUGGAGGCCUCCCUAAAUUUAAAAAAAAAUUAUGAGGAAGACCUUUCCAACUAUAUUUCCGGAAAGCAGAAACAUAUACCGAUUAAGUUGGGCAUCAAAAGUGGCGACAUUAAAAAUUUGGACUCCAACUUUUUUAGCAAUCAAAAGAAUGGGGAACAGCAGGCAGGGGGUGACGGCGGGGGCGUAGCGCAGAUGGACACCACGGGCGUUGCAGUAGCAGGCAUUGCCACCGCAGGGAUGGGGACGUCUCCAUUGGGCAACCGAGACGACGGAGGCAUCCUCUUCGAGAAGUACGAAGAAAUGAAAAAGGAAAAAAAAAGGAGGAAAAGAAAAAAAGAGCCCCAAAAUGUCGCUCCGAGCAUUUCGUACGACCAGAUCAAUGCUUUGUCCUCCCAACCAGGGGAACAAGAGUUAACCGCAUCGCACAGAUAUGCAAACGGUACCAUCGGCGUAUCUGCAGAAGGAGGUCAUAACUAUCUGGACUCCCCCACAAAGUAUAAUAACCAAAAGGAAGACAAAAAAUUUUUCAAUUCCAUGUGUAACAAAGGGGAUGCACAUUUUGUAGGAAGUAGCUCCCUGUGGGGAAAGAACAACAAUAAUACGAAUGAAGCAUCAACUGGGAAAAGAAAGCCCUAUGAGGAUGAAUCACCUUACCCACGGAUGAGUCCCUCUAAAGGUAAGGUGGAGAAUACACUGAAUGGAUCGAAAAUUAUAACCAAUGGAAAUCCUAACAAUAAGAAUGAGAGUACCAAUUCGGUUCAUAGCACUGAGGAGGCAAGUUACAACAGAGCGCUUUUUCAAUUGGAAGAUUUGGUUAACCCACAGAUCAAUAGGGACAAUUACAUUUUCUGCUUAAGCAAAUAUGCAUGCGCACAGAAACGGAUUUUAUUUUACCUCGAAAAUGUGCUUAAUUUUGAUAACUAUAAUUUUAAGAGCAAGAAAAGGGAAACCAGCACAAGUGGGCCUCGGGGCGCCUCCAGCUCGGCGGCACCAGUGAAGCUUCCCCAGGAGGGGCAAAACAUGGACAAGGGGGAACAGGUGCAAGAAGCAGUCAAUUUGGUGGAGCCGAGUAAUAAACCAGAAGAGGGGGUCGAGACCGGCGUGCCUGGCCCAGCUGACCUACUGCACAUUGACACGCAUAACUAG